ACUACAGAAGGGCCCUUGGGAGGUGUUGGUCACACACUUGUUCAAAUGGGUCACUUCAGUCUUGGACUCUGUCAUCCUAAGGCACAGCCAGCACUGGUGGCAGCAAAGCUGUGUGAGGCUCUCAGAGGUAAGAACAGGGGAAGGACUCCUGCUUGAGGCUCCCAGCCCUGCCCUUUUAAGCCUCAUGACCCCUCAAUCUGCUCUAGGACCCGUGGGCAGCCUUGGAGAUGCCUCUUUGUCCUACCUUGUUGGCCAGGUGUGUGUCUGGGGUCCCGUCAACAAGGAUUUCUCUGAGCCCUUGUCCCCAUGUCGGAGCCCUCAUGGCAGACACCAGGCCAGCCCCUGCACGGCAGCGGUGAGCAUGCAGGGACACGUGGCUAUCGACGUGAGCCCUGGCCCCAUCCGGCCCAUCCACCUUAUUUCCGACUACUUUCCACAUUUCUAUCCAUUCUUCGGGCCAGAGUUGCACGCUCCAGACUCGAGCGCUGCACUGGCCCCUGCCAUCCGCUCUGCACCCCAGCUGCAGCCUGACCCAGAGCCAGAGGGAGACUCAGAUGAUAGCACUGCCCUGGGCACCCUGGAGUUCACACUUGUCUUUGAUGCGGACAACAGUGCCCUGCAUUGCACAGCCCAUCGUGCUAAGCCACCCACCUCAGGCUCUCUGGACACCUAUGUCAAAGCUAACUUGCUGCCAGGGGCCAGCAAGGUGAGCCAGCUUCAGACUCGAACUGUUCGUGGAACAAGGGGACCUGUCUGGGAGGAGACACACACCUAUCAUGGCUUCACUCGCCAGGAUGCUGGACGAAAGACCUUAAGGCUAUGUGUAUGUGAGGACUCACGACUACGGCGCCAGCAUCGGGCACCCUCCUUGGGGGAGCUGCCGGUGCCCCUGAGGAAACUGGUACCCAACCGAGCCAGGAGCUUUGAUGUCUGUCUGGAGAAGCAGAGGCUGACCAAGAGGCCCAAGAGCCUGGAUACAGCCUGUGGUAUGUCUCUAUAUGAGGAGGAUGAAGUGGAGGUAGGGGUGGCAGGGGAGGAGCGUGGGCGCAUCCUGCUGUCCCUGUGCUACAGCUCCCAGAGAGGUGGUCUGCUGGUGGGUGUGCUGCGCUGUGCCCACCUGGCCCCCGUGGACGCCAACGGCUACUCAGUCCCCUUUGUCCCCCCUUUCCUGCAUCCAAGCUCUGGGAAGAAGUCUAAAUACAAGACCAGUGUUCGAAGGAAGACCCUGAACCCAGAGUUCAAUAAGGAAUUCUAUGCAGGCCUUCGGGAGGAGCUGGCCCAGAAGGCACUGCUGGUGUCCCUGUGGGACUAUGACCUAGGCACAGCUGAUGACUUCAUCGGUGGGGUGCAGCUGAGUGGCAGGGCCAGCGGGCAGCGCCUGUACCACUGGCGAUGCCUGGGCUGCAGUGACCGCAGAUUGGAGCUGUGGCACCCGGACGGUGUGCCUCCCCAGCUGAGCGACUAGACUAGCGGGUGUAGGCAGUGCGCGCUGAGCCGAGGGGGCGCGGGCUGUGGGGACGCGCCGGCGCCCGAGGCUGCUACCGCUGCUGCCCCAACCCGCCCGGGACAGCAGCCGGAGGCCACAACUCGAGGCCCCGGCGCGUCCCGAGGGCCGCGGCGCCUUUCUGCGCGCUGUGCUGCGGGCGCCUAGCUGCGUCGGCGCGGGCCGGCUGCUCCGAGACCCGCUGCUCCGAGACCCGCUGC